AUGCAGGGUGGGCCGAGGACGCAGUGUGGAGGACGACCUUCAGAUCUUGCGCCGGCGUAUGUGAAACCGCCGCCACGCCCCGACCAGCUCCCGGCCGUCCUCACGGCCGAGGGUGCUGGACCGCAUCUGCGCCCACCGCUCGCCGCCAAGCCGGUGGCGCCUCACCCUGAGGCCGCCGCCUCAGCGUUCAGGCCCUCCACCUGGGAGAGCCGUCCAGUAGAAGCUGUGUUGUCGCUGUCGUUGCCCAUGAGGAAGAAGAAAUCGUUGCCUAGCUCCGCCGCCUCGACCACGAGGAAACGCCUCGCCGCGGCGCGCCGGCCCGCUGCACGAGGAGCUGCCGGUUCCUCGUUGUGGAUCUCCGCCGCCCGAGGGAAAGGGCCCCACGCCAACUCCACACGGGAGAGAUCCAGGGGUCCGCCGCCGCCAGCGGUGGCGCGGGGAGGGGGGGGGAGGGGGGCGAGGAGGAGGGAGCAAACAUACAAAUAG